GUCUGGCACCAUGCCCGGUCCCUCCGACCUCUAGGCCACAGCCCCGGCCAUCGGAGCAGCCCCUGUUCCCUUCAGGGCCCACCCCCUCCCCACUGCCCACUGCCCCACCAUGGCUGGGGACCGGCUCCCUCGGAAGGUGAUGGAUGCCAAGAAGCUGGCCAGCCUCCUGCGGGGCGGACCUGGGGGCCCCCUGGUCAUCGACAGCCGCUCUUUCGUGGAGUACAACAGCUGGCACGUGCUCAGCUCCGUCAACAUCUGCUGCUCCAAGCUGGUGAAGCGGCGGCUGCAGCAGGGCAAGGUGACCAUCGCGGACCUCAUCCAGCCAGCCGCGCGCUGCCAGGUGGAGGCCACGGAGCCACAGGAUGUGGUGGUCUAUGACCAGAGCACACGGGACGCCAGCGUGCUGGCUGCAGACAGCUUCCUCUCCAUCCUGCUUAGUAAGUUGGACGGCUGCUUCGACAGCGUGGCCAUCCUCACAGGGGGCUUUGCCACCUUCUCCUCCUGCUUCCCCGGCCUCUGUGAGGGCAAGCCUGCUGCCCUGCUGCCCAUGAGCCUCUCCCAGCCCUGUCUGCCAGUGCCCAGUGUGGGCCUGACCCGCAUCCUGCCUCACCUCUACCUGGGCUCUCAGAAAGACGUCCUGAACAAGGAUCUGAUGACCCAGAACGGAAUAAGCUAUGUCCUCAACGCCAGCAACUCCUGCCCCAAGCCGGACUUCAUCUGUGAGAGCCGCUUCAUGCGCAUUCCCAUCAAUGACAACUACUGCGAAAAGCUGCUGCCCUGGCUGGACAAGUGCAUUGAGUUCAUCGGUGAGGGGCGGCGCUCUGCUGCCAGUGCUCCGGGAGGGGCGGGGGUGGAGGCGGGGUAG